GUCAAACAGAAUUUUAUACUCUGUGGUUAAAAAAUACGAAAAGCGUCAAAUCGUCAAUAAAAUUAUAAUCCACGUUUUAACAACAUAUUCUCCAAGUUUAUCUAUAAAAUAUUAAAAUGUUAAAUCCUUGAGUUAUUUACCACAGUUUUAAGUGGACUGGAAUAGUGUUCAUGUUUAUUGUGUUCAUUGAAAAGUAACCAAAAAUGGCAAGGUCGCCUAAGGAUGAUCCAAUAUACAACGAUAUGAAGCACAAUACAUGGAACUAUCAUGCGGAAACCGCUGGAAACUGUGUACCUGAUGCUUUGAAUGAGAGAAAACCGCCACAGAUCUCGCCCAACCCGAGUGUCAUGAACGAUAAUAGUAUUUACGUCAACCCGAGUUUCGGCAAUGAAGUUUAUUUGAACAAACACGCUUACAACGUGCAGUCUGGCGAUGCCGCCGCCAAUAAAGAUGACAAGAUCCCUUUUAACAACAUGCCUAAUGUUCCUCGCGCCAAUCAAAAUUACGGUAAUGCUAUGCUCAAAUUGAGUAAUGGUCAAUCUGUGCGUGUUUUUUACGACGAGAACAAUCAACAGCUUAUAUUUCCAAUGUCGGCCGGUCAGUAUGAACUGUUUAACCACAAUCAGGGAGUGCGCGACAUCCCCCUACAGAUGCCUCAACCGUCACACAUGUUUACACUGAACCAGGACUUUGCUAUGAACAAUAACAAUGUCCACACACCUCCAACAACUGUAAACCAAACUACUUAUCCUGAAAAUGUUACCAAUCAGUCCCCUACAUCUAACUUUCUCAAAGACUUAUUGGGUAAUUUGGAGCCUAAUUCAACUGGCACAUACUCUCCAUUUGGACAAAACUACCCCCUCAAUCAUCCAGAUGCAUCAAAUAUGAAUAUUCUCACAAACAAUCCUGUAAUAGAACCUCCCAAGAACCAACCUAUAAAGGUAGACAAUUCACCAAAAAGAAAUGAAAACAGCCCUCUUGCUGACACAAGCAAUAAGAAGCGGAUUGUAGCAGAAGUGAAACCAAUGCGUCCAUCAUACUCAGAUGUGUUGGCGAAGAAUACUAAAAACACUUCUCCAACUGAAACAACUCGUAAGGCAAAGCCUCAAAACAUAGAAACAAAGCCAAUGAAUAAUAAAACAAACUCAAAACCUGAGAAACAGACUAAUAUAAAGCAGGAUGAUAAUAAACAUAAAAGUGAGAAGAAACAGAACACAAACACUAUAUCUUCAGGCAGUGAGUCUGGAGAUAUAAACACAGAUGACAAUGAGAAGCGUCAGAAGCCAAACAAAAAGUCUAAGAACAAACGCAACAACAUCUCACGUAAAUGGUCAUCUCUGGAUGACAUAACUAAUGAAGAAGAGUCUGGCUACACACAUGACAGUGAAAGUCAGUUUGUAUUCAUUGAGAAUCCGGAGAAGCCAUCGAAAAAGGAGAAGAAAUCGGACAGUAAAUCAAAGGGAUCUGAUAAGAAUGCAACCACUGAGGAUGAAUUUAAGUUAGAUGAGGAAGAUGAUCAGCUGCAGUUUGUUAUACAAGAGGGUCAGGGUGAAAGUGGAAAGGCUAAAAAGAAGAAGGAUGGACGUAAUUAUCACAAGGUCACAAAGCCUGUGCAGGACAAGAAGAAAAAUGUUUCAAAGCUUAGAAGGAACAAACCAGGCUACUUGGGGUUGGCCCAGAACUAUUUGGAACACUGGGGUGGAGCAACGUGGAAGGCACUCAUAUGGUUCAUGUAUCUACUAUCAGAUAUAUGUCGCAUGAGUUUCCAUUUGUCAUUUGACUUAUGCACAUCAGUGUUUACUCAAACAUAUGUAAGUUCUCAAGCAGUAUGGCGCAGCACCAAGGACUGGAUGAGCAAGCUCAGUGACAACAAAUACUUUUUGUAUAUCGACAGAAAAUUCGGACACACCAAGCUUGGCUUUUGGCGAAAAUUGAAAUGGUUUAAAAAGGUGGAGUUAGAAACGGACAAUGGAAAUGAUUCGACAAAGCUGAACGCGAACAUACCUUUGCCGGCAACUGGAGAAGAAGCUAUGAAGAGGCUGCUAGCAUGCAAGGGGAAAGAUCCUUACAGUAUAUUGGGUGUUAGUGUGACGUGCACAGACGAGGAAAUAAAGCGGUACUACAGACGGCAAGCGUUCCUCGUGCACCCGGACAAGAACCAACAGCCCGGCGCAGAAGAGGCUUUCAAAAUACUACAACACGCCUUCGACCUUAUUGGGGAGCCGGAACGCAGAGAAGCGUACGAGCGUCGUGCGUUAGAGUCACGGCACGUGGAAGCCGCGUGGAGCGAGCUCAGUCAGCUCCUCGCGCAGCUACAUGAUAAAAUGGAGUUCGCAGCUAAUACCAUCAGAUGUACGAACUGUGGACGUCGACACAAGCGAGUACUGACGGACCGGCCGUGCUACGCUGCGCGGUACUGUGUGCAGUGCAAGAUCAGACAUUCUGCUAAGGAGGGCGACAUAUGGGCGGAGUCGAGUAUGAUGGGUCUGUUGGUGAUGUACUACGCCUGCAUGGACGGCGCCGUCUACCAGAUCACGCAGUGGGCCAGCUGUCAGAAAAAGAACCUGAAGCAGCUAAGGCCUGACUGUCACGUGGUCCAGUACCGCAUCGUGCUCGGGAACAAGGCGGCCGCGGCCUCGGACAUCAACCAAAGACCUUCCACUGGGCACGAUCCUAAUCUCGAAGAGUUCUUGAACAAUCUGUACAGCAAGUCCGGAGUGUCGGCUAACGCGACAAGCCCCAAGCAGUCGCCCCCGGACGCUACAGACGCAAAAAAGCGACGCAAUAAAAAACCUAAAGCAUAAACGAAACGCCUCUCGUGAAAAUAAAAAAAUUGAGCUGUCAAAAUAGAUGGACUUGAAUUCGCGCGCAAUUCAAAUAUCGAACGCAUUUGACGUGAGCUGGUCAUGCCUGCCGUACCCAACUGUGAAACACUUGCCUUUUACAAAUAAAGAAAGUAUAAAUUAAACAGAAAUUAAACCUUAUUACUGAUCUAUAAAUAUAAUUAUUUCUAAAUAAAUAUUGUGUGGCUAAGAUGGCGCUUGAAGGAUAGAUUGUGUAAGCGUUAAAACUAUGUGUAUGAAAUGUCGCUAACGUACCUACUUAGGUUAGAAACUUUUGAUGAGAAUAAAUUUUAAAGUUUUUGCUAGCUAAUUAGUUUGUGUCAUUCUUAAUUUGCUUAAUUUUGUGAUACAUGAGAUUGCGAAGUUAAUAUUGUAAAAGUUUUUCUUAAGUUUGAAUGGGAAUUGGUAGAUGUUCUACGAUGGCACAGAUACCAUGCUGAUUUCCAUUUAACUUUUAUCAAAUAUAACACUCGAGUCAUUAGUAAUAAAUAUAUUUUCAAUUCUUUCACGGAAUAUCUGUUGUUUCUGAAUAAAUUGAUGUUUGACAAUUUUGACUUCUAUCUUUGGGAUUGUGCGUUCAGAUGUCAUCUGUUACUAGCUUCGUGAGCUAGAGACUUAGACCUACCACUAGUUAGUUUAAUACUGAUUACUCAAAUUCGACUUAA